UCACUCAAUUUUGACGUUUCAUCAUUAUUAAAGUUCAUUCAUUCAUUCGUGUCAGUUCAGUAAUCUGUGGUGACGUUUUUAUUUGCUGUGUGAAGCGUUUUCAUAAAAUAUUCUCUCGUUUUGAAUCAAAAUCAGUGUUAAAUGGGUUGGUAAAACAGACGGUCGUCUAGUAAGUUACAAUGUCCGACUCCGAGGGCAGUAAUUUUUCGGGUAACGCGUCGGACGCGGGCAGUGUAGUGUCGAAUCGGUCCCGCAGAAGUGCCGCGUCGAAUCGUUCCGCGCGUUCGCGUUCCAGCUCGCGGUCGCCGUCGCAGGGCAGCCGCAGCCGGAGCCCGUCCAGGAGCCCCUCGCGCUCCAGGUCCCGUUCCCGGUCGCGCUCGAAGUCCCGGUCGCGGUCUAGGAGCCGCUCAGCUGGCUCCGAUGCCAGCCGCAACAGAGAUGACGAGGCUAAAGAAGCAUCUGGUGACGAAGAUGUAGAGGAUGAGCAAGAGCCGGAGGGAGAAGACUUGGUGGACUCGGAAGAGUAUGAUGAAGACGAAGACGAGGAGAGACGUAGAAAGAAGCGUAAGAAGGACAGUCGCUACGGAGGGUUCAUUAUUGAUGAGGCUGAGGUGGAUGAUGAAGUUGAUGAAGAUGACGAGUGGGAGGAAGGUGCCCAAGAAAUGGGUAUCGUUGGCAAUGAGGUCGAUGAAAUUGGACCCACGGCUAGAGAAAUUGAAGGUAGGCGAAGAGGCACAAACCUUUGGGACUCACAGAAAGAAGAGGAAAUUGAGGAAUACCUUAGAAAUAAGUAUGCAGAUGAAUCAGCUGCACUCAGGCACUUUGGGGAAGGUGGCGAGGAGAUGUCCGAUGAGAUCACUCAACAGACCCUCCUGCCAGGCAUCAAAGACCCCAACCUGUGGAUGGUCAAAUGUCGCAUAGGUGAAGAAAAAGCAACUGUGUUGUUGCUUAUGAGAAAAUUCAUAGCAUAUCAGAGUUCCGAGGAGCCAUUCCAAAUCAAGUCAGUGGUAGCACCAGAAGGUGUAAAAGGCUACAUCUACAUCGAGGCAUACAAGCAGACCCAUGUGAAAGCGAUCAUAAACAAUGUGGGCACACUGAGGAUGGGUAUUUGGAAGCAGGACAUGGUUCCGAUUAAGGAAAUGACUGAUGUGCUGAGAGUGGUCAAGGAGCAGUCAGGUCUGAAGCCCAAACAGUGGGUUAGAUUGAAGAGGGGUCUGUACAAAGAUGAUAUUGCUCAAGUGGACUAUGUAGAUCUGGCUCAAAAUCAGGUCCAUCUGAAGUUGCUGCCUAGAAUAGAUUACACAAGACUGAGAGGAGCGCUGAGGACCGUUCAAAGCGAGAGCGAGGCGGCGAAGCGAAAGAAGAAGAGGCGUCCGGCCGCGAAGCCCUUCGACCCGGAGGCGAUCCGCGCGAUCGGCGGGGAAGUAACGUCCGAUGGUGACUUCCUAAUAUUCGAGGGCAACAGAUACUCCCGGAAAGGGUUUUUGUACAAGAACUUUACGAUGUCGGCGAUUCUGGCGGAGGGCGUAAAGCCAACUCUAACCGAGUUAGAAAGGUUUGAGGAGCAGCCGGAGGGUAUAGAUAUCGAGCUGGCGGCACCAGCUAAAGACGAUCCGACGAGCCUGCAUUCGUUUUCUAUGGGGGACAACGUGGAGGUGUGCUCGGGCGACCUGGCCAACCUGCAGGCGCGUAUCAUUGCCAUCGACGGCUCCAUGAUCACCGUGAUGCCGAAACACGACGCGCUCAAGGACCCGCUCGUGUUCAAGCCCAAUGAGCUGAGGAAGUACUUCAAGCAGGGCGACCAUGUCAAGGUGCUGGCGGGUCGCUACGAAGGCGACACGGGUCUCAUCGUGCGGGUAGAAGCUCACCGCGUGGUCUUAGUGUCGGACCUGACGAUGCACGAGCUCGAGGUGCUCCCGCGCGACCUGCAGCUGUGCUCCGACAUGGCCACAGGCGUGGACUCGCUCGGACAGUUCCAGUGGGGAGACAUGGUGCAACUGGACCCGCAGACUGUGGGCGUUAUUGUGAGAUUGGAGAAGGAGAACUUCCACGUGCUCGGUAUGCAGGGCAAGGUCAUAGAAUGUAAACCGCAAGCUUUACAGAAGCGUCGCGAGAACCGCUUCACGAUGGCCCUCGACUCGGAAGAGAACACGAUACAGAAGCGCGACGUCGUCAAAGUGAUAGACGGCCCGCACGCCGGCCGCAACGGAGAAAUCAAGCACCUGUACAGAAACUUCGCGUUUCUGCAGUCGAGAAUGUACCUAGACAAUGGGGGUAUAUUCGUGUGCAAGACGAGGCAUUUGCAACUCGCUGGGGGGAAUAGGAACGCGAAUGCUUCGAAUCCUACUAUGGGAUUCAUGUCUCCGAGGAUACAUUCGCCGAUGCAUCCUUCGGGGCGCGGCGGGGGCACGCCGAGAGGGGAGCGCGGCAGGGGAGGGGGCAGAGGCGGCGCUACACGUGACCGGGAACUUAUUGGACAAACGAUCAAGAUCACCGGAGGACCCUACAAGGGCAACGUGGGCAUCGUCAAAGACGCCACAGGGUCCACAGCCCGCGUGGAGCUGCACUCCACGUGUCAGACGAUAUCCGUGGACCGCGGGCACAUCGCGCAGGCGGGCGCGGCGGGCGCGGCCGGCUCCACCAGCUUCCGAACGCCGUCCGGCCGCACGCCGGCGCCGGGCUCCGGCGCUAUGACGCCUACGUACAGGGAUACUGGUGCAAAAACUCCGAUGCACGGAUCGCAGACUCCAAUCUACGACGCGGGCGGUCGCACGCCUCACUACGGAGCCGCGACGCCUUCGCACGAAGGCUCGCGCACACCGGCUCACGGCGCCUGGGACCCCGCCGCCGCCAACACGCCCGCGCGACCAGACUUCGACUACGGGCUCGACGACGGCUCGCCCGGGCCCGCCUACGAGCCGCCCGCCAGCUACUCGCAGGCGGGCGGGCCGUUCACGCCGCAGACGCCGGGCACGAUGUACGGCUCGGACCACACGUACAGCCCGUACCAGCCGUCGCCGGCCGGCUACCUGGGCACGCCCAGCCCGGCCGGCUACUCGCCGCGCUCGCCCUUCGAGCCCGGCGAGCCACAUGCCGGCGAGUGGCACACCACCGAGGUGGAGGUGCGGGUGCGCGCGCACGAGGACGCGGCGCUGGCGGGGCAGGCGGGCGUGGUGCGCGGGCUGUCGGCCGGCAUGUGCGCCGUGUACCUGCCGCGCGAGGACCGCGUCGUCAACGUGCUCGCCGACCUGCUCGAGCCCUGCGUGCCGCAGAGCGGCGACCGCGUCAAGGUACGCCACAACACACGUCACAUGCGACACCUGCCGCGCGAGGACCGCGUCGUCAACGUGCUCGCCGACCUGCUCGAGCCCUGCGUGCCGCAGAGCGGCGACCGCGUCAAGGUACGCCACAACACACGUCACAAGCAACACCUGCCGCGCGAGGACCGCGUCGUCAACGUGCUCGCCGACCUGCUCGAGCCCUGCGUGCCGCAGAGCGGCGACCGCGUCAAGGUGAUAGCAGGCGAGGACCGCGAGGCAGUGGGGCAGCUGAUCUCGAUCGAGAACCAGGAAGGCGUGGUGAAGUUCGGCACCGACGACAUCAAGAUCAUGCAGCUUCGUCACCUCUGCAAGAUGAGCUCGGCCUAACGCGCGCCUCGCCUCAAGCAGGACGAGCCUCCGCAGGUU